AAAACUGGUGCGGGUUUGGUUUCUCUGAAAAUCGUUGGCGAUUCCAUAAUAAACUUUUGUGCUGACAAGUCUUGAGCUACGGAAAAACAUGUGACUGAAGAAAUUUGAGGCUUCCAGGAUCAAGUUCAUGACUGUCAGAAACCCUGUUGAGAAACCUUUCUCAGAUGUCGUUCAAGACUUGCUUGCUGAAGUCAGUAUGGUCAUGUCAGCCAUUGCAGAUGACAGAAACUUGAGUCCCGGACAAAUGUUUGAGAGGAAGAGCUUUCCGAUGUCACAAGUGCCCAUGUACCGAAACUCCUGAAACUGUACGGUCAAAUGAUUCUCAAGCAGUACCAGAAAGGUUCAUUUACAGAGAGGACUGUCGCAAAAUGAGGAUAAUGGUCGUAAGGGGUGGUUGAUUCUAUUUGAAGUAAGAUUUUCAUCUUGAACAACCUGUUGGCAAGCGUAUCAGUGGGAUUUGAUGGUGACAUCUGCUUGUGAGAAAUUUAGCUUCAGGUUUGGCAUUGAUGAUUGAUGCUAGAUGAUAAAGUCUUCAAGAACAACGCAGAGCAGGGACCAUGAAUACAAAGAAACUCACCCAGUCAAGUGGCUGAGCAUAAUCCCCUGCUUCGGUUCUGGAUAGACGUUUCCGGUUUGGUUAAACCGAAUCAUAUUGGACAAGCCAGAGGGAAUUAAUUGUCUUUGAUUAAUGUAAUAUUUGAUGUAACUAACAAAACAUGUUUUAAGCGUUGGUUAACCGUUGAAACUGAUGUUAAUACUAUAAAUUGUUAUAUGCGUACACGGUACACUUAACAAAAACUUAAAUCAGCACUAUAUAUGUGAAGGACCGUGCAUCAAGGACCAAUUCCUUCACGCAUUAUUCAACUCUUUCACACAAGGAGCCAUGUUACUAUCCAAUAAUCAAGAUCAAGAAGAUAAAGGUUUGUAAAAAAAUCGAAGGCAAAUAUGUUGGACGACAUAGCAAAGAGAUGGAAGGAGCUGAAUGGCCAAAAGAAAUGGCAAGGCCUGCUUGAUCCACUUGACCCGGAUCUUCGCCGCUACCUCAUUCACUAUGGCGAGAUGUCUCAGGUUGGUUACGACGCCUUUAACUGGGACCGUAAGUCCAGAUAUGCUGGUGACUGUUAUUACUCCAAGAAACAACUCUUUGCUCGAACCGGCUUCAUUAAAGCCAACCCUUUCAGGUACGAGGUGACCAAGUACAUCUACGCAACAGCUUCCAUAAACUUACCAAUCUGUUUCAUCGUCAAGCCUUUGUCAAAGGAUGCCUCUCGCGUGCAGACUAACUGGAUGGGCUACAUUGCGGUUGCUACAGACCAAGGAAAAGCGAUGUUAGGAAGGAGAGACAUUGUUGUGGCAUGGAGAGGAACACUUCAGCCAUAUGAAUGGGCUAAUGAUUUCGAUUUUCCACUUGAGUCAGCUAUCUCAGUUUUCCCGGUAAAAGACCCCAAAGAUAGCCCUCGUAUUGGAAGUGGCUGGCUCGAUAUCUACACCGCUUCUGAUUCUCGCUCGCCUUAUGCCAAGACUAGUGCACGAGAACAGGUACAAGGAGAGCUCAAGAGGUUGCUGGAAGUUUACAAGAAUGAAGAAGUAAGCAUCACUUUCACUGGCCAUAGCUUGGGCGCCGUUAUGUCAGUUCUAUCAGCUGCAGAUAUUGUCUAUGGCAAAAACAGCAAGAUCGAUAUAAGUCUUCAGAAAAAGCAAGUUCCUAUCACAGUUUUCGCUUUCGGAAGUCCUAGGAUUGGAGACCAAGACUUCAAAAAAAUCGUCGACUCACUCAAACCACUAAACAUCCUAAGAAUAGUAAAUGUUCCAGAUGUCGCACCACAUUAUCCACUCUUACUGUAUGCAGAAAUAGGCGAGGUAUUAGAGAUCAAUACAUUGAACUCCACGUACCUGAAACGGUCUCUGAACUUUAGGAACUACCAUAACCUGGAGAUCUAUCUGCACGGCAUAGCAGGGAUGCAAGAUGCAGCCGGGGUAUUCAAGCUGGAGAUUGGCCGGGAUAUUUCUUUGGUAAAUAAAGGAUUAGAUGCUCUGAAGGACGAGUACUUAGUGCCAAGUACCUGGAGGUGUCUGGCAAACAAAGGGAUGGUUCAAAUGAAUGAUGGGACAUGGAAGCUAAAUGUCCACAGGAGAGAUCAUGAUGAUAAUGAUGAUGAUGCUGAUGAUGACGACUCCUCCUCAACUAGUAACCAACUACAAGAGCUUAAUACAGUUUAGUUACUAAAUCUUAU